AUGACGACCGCAGCUAGACCUACCUGGGCACCGGCGAAAGGUGGGAACGAACAAGGCGGAACUCGAAUAUUCGGUCCAUCUCAAAAGUAUUCUUCCAGGGACAUCGCGUCACACACCACCUUAAAGCCCAGGAAGGAAGGUCAAGAUACCCAAGAUGAGCUGCAGAAGAGGAAUCUCAGGGACGAAUUGGAAGACAGGGAGAGGAGGCAUUUCUAUUCAAAAGAGGACAGAGAACGUCGGAAGGGAGGCCAUCUUCUUUUAGAAGGGCCUAGGAAGGAAGUCGAAGACCGUAUUAUUCCACGAAGUGUAGAUGCUGAUGAUGCUGAUGUGGAUGCUCAGGCUGACGACAGUGAUGAUGAUGAAGACGAUGAUGGGGAUGAUGAAGAAGCACUUUUAGCUGAGCUUGAGCGAUUAAGGAAAGAGAAAGCCGAGCAGAAAGAACGAGAGGAGCGGCAAAGGCAAGAAGAGGAGCUCAAAGCUAAGGAAGAACAAUUGCUGCUUGGAAAUCCGCUUUUGAAUAAUCCAACUUCCUUCAGUGUGAAGAGAAGGUGGGAUGAUGAUGUGGUCUUCAAGAACCAAGCUCGUGGGGAAGCGAAAACACCCAAGAGUGACAGCAGCAACGCCGUCGUGAACAACAACGGAUUCACCCUUCGAUUCGACGCCGCCUCUGCCGAAGGAUGUCGACGUCUGCUUCGAUGGGUUAAAGCCUAG